AUGAAGCUCAUCAACACCAUCCUCUUCACUGCCGCUGCGGCGACGGCGUUCAACCUGGGAAGUGUCCAGCUUCCGUUCUCUCAUGAAUCAGUCAAGUCGUCAGCACUUCUUGAGCUACACAAAUCACUUGUCGAGCGACCCUCAAUCACUGGCUCUGAGAAACACGUCACGGACUUUCUCCAAACAUAUCUUCAAGACGCGGGUUUCACCAUUGAGACUCAGUCAGUCGCCAAGAAUCGCGAUAACAUCUUGGCUUAUUACAAUAAUACGAGACAGACAAAGGUUCUCGUGACUUCUCACAUUGAUACUGUUCCCCCAUUCUGGCCUUAUGAGCGACGAGGUGAUGAGAUCUGGGGGAGAGGGACUGUCGAUGCAAAGGGCAGUGUCGCGGCGCAGAUCAUUGCGGUACAGGAGCUGCUUGAUAAGAAGCAAGUGAAUGAUGGCGAUGUAGCGCUGUUGUUCGUUGUGGGUGAAGAGACAGGUGGACCGGGAAUGGGCAAUGUCAAUGAUCUAGGUCUAUCCUGGGAAUCUGUUGUCUUUGGCGAACCAACGGAGCUCAAACUUGCUCGAGGACAUAAGGGUGGAUUGGGAUUUACCAUCAAGGCGAACGGAAAGGCUGGUCAUUCUGGAUACCCUGAGACGGGAAGUAAUGCGAUUGAUAGCCUUGUUCGUGGAUUAGCGUCUCUUCAAAAGAUUGAGUUACCUGGGAGUAAAGAGUUUGGGAACACUACUCUCAACGUGGGUAGGAUUGAAGGAGGUGUUGCUGGAAAUGUCAUCCCGGCGAGUGCUUAUGCUACCGGAGGAGUCAGAGUCGCUGGCGGAACUCCAGAGGGUAUUAAAGACUUGAUACUUCAAGCGGUUGAGGAGAGUGACCCGAGCCUUGUCGUUCAGUUCUCGUAUGGUAUUGGACCAGUACCUACAGACUAUGAUGUUGACGGCUUCGAGACUAUAGUUCUGAACUAUGGAACAGAUAUCCCUCGGUUGAAGGGGAGCCAUAAGAGAUAUCUGUACGGACCUGGCUCGAUUCUCGAGGCGCACUCUGCGCAUGAGCACUUGAAGGUUUCGGAUCUGGAGCAGGCUGUUGAAGGAUACAAGAAGUUGAUAUCUCAUGCCCUUGAUCAGCCUUCUGAGCUGUGA